AUGGUACCAUGAUGCCCUUCCACCACGGCUUUGCUGCUACCAGCACCAGACCCAACCAUCAACGAAGUCGCUGAUCCUCAUGCACCAUCUUUUGCCACUGGGCCUACCUUGCUGAUGUCGCCUCUGCUGAUGUAGCAGCCACUGAUUUCAGGUCCUGUGCUUGCUCCAGAAAAGUAAAAAGGGGCUCACUGAAGGUCCACACUGAGCCCACUCUCCUCCUCCGCAUUGGGCCUGCUCAAGGUCCGUGUUAGACCCCCUGUUCUGGCUCGAGACUGCCUGAAGUCCGCGCCCUGGGCCCGAAGAACACUUGAGAUCCACAUGCUAGUUGUCACUGCUGCUGAUGCCGUCCAAGCUCAGGACAAGUCAACAGACAUGAGGUGCAGUGUUUAAUGAAAGUCUUCAGUACGCUUGUUGCCACUUUCCCUGAGCAGCGGAUUGCAGUCGGACUGGAUCGAAACAAGUUCAGAAAUGUUCUGCACACUACAUUUGGAAUGACUGAUGAUAUGAUUACAGAUAGAGUUUUUCGUGUAUUUGACAAAGACAAUGAUAGCUAUGUCAACUUAAAGGAAUGGAUUGAAGGAUUAUCAAUAAUUCUCCGUGGGACUUUGGAUGAAAAAAUUAAAUUCUGUUUUGAAGUUUUUGAUCUGAAUGGAGAUGGGUUCAUUUCACGCGAGGAGAUGUUUCACAUGCUCAAAAGCAGCCUAAUCAAACAACCAACAGAAGAAGAUCCUGAUGAGGGAGUUAAAGACUUGGUAGAGAUAGCACUGAAAAAGAUGGACUAUGACCAUGAUAACAAAGUUUCAUAUGCAGACUUUGAGAAAGCAGUAAAGGUUGAUAAUCUCUUGUUGGAAGCUUUUGGAUCCUGCCUACCAGAUUCAAAGAGUGCACUUGCAUUUGAAGAACAGGCCUUCAAGAAAAACAAGGACGAUUAAUUUUUGUUGACACUUUGUAAGACUCCACUGUCAUUGUAUUCAUUUUAGUUAACUUAAUUACUAAUAGGUCAUGCACCAAGGAAUUUGUUAAAUCGAGCAUUGUGCACUUGGCUAAGUAUAUUUCUUGCUUAUUAACUGUAUAAAAUAAGUCUUCCUGUUGCACCAGCUCAAAUCUUUGCAUUAAAUACAUGGAAUAUGAGUGGUACAAUUCUGAAAUGCAAAUUGUUAUUUUUAUAUAACAUUGACAUGUCAAUGAGUAAAUAAGUAUUUAACAUUGCAAAAUAAACAUAUAUUUCCAGUUAUCUCAAUUUUUCUUUAAAAAUUGGAGAAAUAUGAAAAAUUGCAUUGGGUGUGACCACUCUUUGAAAAGCCUUUGAUAAGACAUUUUGUAGAAUUCUCACAGGAUAUUCCUGAUUGUUCAAAAAUUGUCUUAGUUUUAAAGAGGAUAGAAAGAUUCAUGUUUUUAUAUGUUUAACAAAACUCAAUGUACAUUUUAUGUAUAAAAGAUGUAUAAAUUUGAUUAUGACAAUGCACCUCAAUAUUGUAAACUUUUGCCAAUGCCAAUUUUGCCUAUAUUGUCUGUACAAUUAAGUAAUUGCAGAAACCAAUUAUAUUAAAUGAACACAUUUUGAAUGUUAGCAAUUUGUUUUCAAGGAUCUGUAUAUUGUGAAAAAGAUUUUGGGUGUGAAAUUAACAUGAAUGGAAAAUAAUAUCGGACUAAAUGUUAAAUGGACAGCCACCGCUAUUGCUCAUGAUCAAUUUCAUCAUUUUUAUCUCCAUCCAACCUAGACUAUGUUACAACACCUGCUGUUUCUACUACACUUGUGGUAGCUGACUGGAUGGAACUGCAAUUUUUAGAUAUGUGAUCAUGGUUUCCACAAGUUAUUUAGUUGAAAUUUUGUUCAACAAGAUUCAAAAGGAAGAAAUAAUGGAGGAAUAGAGAGGAAAGUAGCUAUUUUUGGCUUUGUUUUGCUUGGAGAAUGCUCAGUUCCAAGGACUAAUGAGAAAGGAUGGGAACUUGUAAAGGCAAGACUUCACAUCUAACGUAAAACUUCAGUAUUCUUGCAGAAAGCUGCAAUUGGAUUGGCAGCCAACACCUCAAAUAGAUGCAGGCCCAAUGUAAUGAGAUGGGAACAAGUAUUCAUGCCUCUCCUACUUUGCAUUCUAAAGCAUCUGUCGAAGUGACAACCAAAUAACGAAUCUUGGGUACUUCACUUUUGUACUUGAAAAGGUACAACAUUGAUUAUUGUGCAUGAUGCAGUUGCAGUCAUACAGCUUUCCCAUACACACAACCCACCCCCCACCAUAUUAAAUCUGCCUAAUAUCCACAACAGAAUGGGAAUAUCUUGACUUUCUAUAAUGUCUGUUACAUUAUUGUGGAAGCAUGUGUGAAAUUUUCUUUUCUUUGUAGACUUAACUAAUAAAGUUAAGGAAAAUUCACAAUA